AUGGCGGCGGCGGCGGCGGGGCCCGCGGGUCCGGCCGGGCCCGAGAGCCGGGUGCUGGGCUACACCCUGCACCGCUGGAGCAGCUUCUCCUCCACCUACCUGCCCGAGAAUAUUUUAGUGGACAAGCCUAAUGAUCAGUCUUCAAGGUGGUCUUCAGAAAGCAACUACCCUCCCCAGUAUUUGAUUCUGAAACUCGAAAGACCUGCCAUAGUCCAAAGUAUCACCUUUGGCAAAUAUGAGAAGACUCAUGUCUGCAAUUUAAAGAAGUUUAAAGUCUUUGGUGGGAUGAAUGAAGAAAACAUGACAGACCUAUUAUCCAGUGGCUUAAAGAAUGAUUAUAACAAAGAAACAUUCACCUUGAAGCAUAAAAUUGAUGAACAGAUGUUCCCCUGUCGAUUCAUUAAGAUAGUUCCACUGUUAUCAUGGGGGCCCAGCUUCAAUUUUAGUAUCUGGUAUGUUGAACUUAAUGGCAUUGAUGAUCCAGAUGUGGUCCAACCCUGCCUCAACUGGUACAGCAAGUACCGUGAACAGGAAGCCAUUCGUCUAUGUCUAAAGCAUUUUCGCCAGCACAACUACACUGAGGCUUUUGAAUCACUGCAGAAGAAAACCAAGAUUGCGCUAGAGCACCCAAUGUUGACAGAUCUGCAUGACAAACUAGUGCUGAAAGGAGAUUUUGAUGCUUGUGAAGAAUUGAUAGAAAAAGCUGUAAAUGAUGGCUUGUUCAAUCAGUACAUCAGUCAGCAGGAAUACAAACCGCGUUGGGGUCAGAUUAUCCCCAAAAGUACCAAAGGUGAUGGAGAGGACAGCAGACCAGGAAUGAGAGGAGGCCAUCAGAUGGUCAUUGAUGUACAGACAGAAACUGUUUAUUUGUUUGGUGGCUGGGAUGGGACUCAGGAUCUGGCUGACUUCUGGGCAUACAGUGUGAAGGAAAACCAGUGGACCUGUAUAUCUAGAGAUACUGAAAAAGAGAAUGGUCCUAGUGCCAGAUCUUGUCACAAGAUGUGCAUCGAUAUUCAGCGAAGGCAAAUCUACACACUGGGCCGUUAUCUGGAUUCCUCCGUGAGGAACAGUAAAUCUCUGAAAAGCGAUUUCUACCGUUAUGACAUUGACACGAACACAUGGAUGUUGCUAAGUGAAGACACUGCAGCAGAUGGAGGUCCCAAGUUGGUGUUUGAUCAUCAGAUGUGUAUGGAUUCAGAAAAACACAUGAUCUAUACGUUUGGAGGUAGGAUUUUGACAUGUAAUGGCAGUGUAGAUGACAGCAGAGCCAGUGAACCUCAAUUUAGUGGAUUGUUUGCUUUUGACUGUCAAUGUCAAACAUGGAAACUGUUGAGAGAAGAUUCGUGUAAUGCUGGACCUGAGGACAUCCAAUCCAGAAUAGGACACUGCAUGUUAUUCCAUUCGAAAAACCGCUGUUUAUAUGUAUUUGGUGGGCAGAGAUCGAAGACUUAUUUGAAUGAUUUCUUCAGCUAUGAUGUUGACAGCGAUCACGUGGAUAUCAUAUCAGAUGGCACCAAGAAAGAUUCAGGGAUGGUUCCUAUGACAGGUUUCACUCAGAGAGCCACCAUUGAUCCAGAACUGAAUGAAAUCCAUGUGUUGUCUGGGCUCAGUAAAGACAAAGAGAAACGGGAAGAGAAUGUUAGGAACUCUUUCUGGAUUUAUGACAUUGUGAGGAACAGUUGGUCUUGUGUCUAUAAGAACGAUCAAGCAGCAAAAGAUAAUCCAAGUAAAAGCCUUCAGGAGGAGGAGCCCUGCCCCAGGUUUGCCCAUCAGCUGGUGUAUGAUGAGUUGCACAAGGUUCAUUAUUUGUUUGGAGGAAAUCCUGGCAAAUCCUGCUCUCCGAAGAUGAGGCUGGAUGACUUCUGGUCACUGAAGCUCUGUCGGCCUUCGAAGGAAUACCUGUUGAGACACUGCAAAUACCUCAUAAGAAAGCACAGGUUUGAAGAAAAGGCCCAAACUGAUCCACUCAGUGCACUGAAAUACUUACAGAAUGACUUGUAUGUAACUGUGGAUCAUUCUGACCCUGAGGAGACAAAAGAGUUUCAGCUUCUUGCUUCAGCACUGUUCAAGUCUGGUUCAGAUUUCACCACUCUGGGAUUUUCGGAUGUUGACCAUACCUAUGCGCAAAGAACUCAGCUCUUUGAUACGUUAGUAAAUUUCUUUCCUGACAACAUGACUCCUCCAAAAGGCAACCUGGUAGACCUCAUCACACUGUGA